AUGGCAAAAAAAAUCCGUCAAGCCCAGGUUACUUUAUUAGAGCUAGGUGCUUUGGAUGAAGCUUUACAUUAUGGGCCAUAUUCCUGUUUUUGGUGGAAAACGAAUAAGGUUUUUGACAAUAAAGAUAUAACAUACUUUCCUAUUCGUAUUGGACAAAAAACGAAAGUUAUUCUUAAUGAUCGCGAGUUUAUUAUUACUAUAGCAGUUGGAUGGACAGAUCGUGAUAUUGUUUCACAACUAUUAGCUGAC